AUGACGGAUGAACAAAGCAGUGUACAAAAAACAUUACGUCCUGAUAAAGAUGAUAUGCCUAUGCCUUGGGAUACUGGUAAAAGAAGAAUGCAAAACGAUAUUUCUGUCAAUGUCAGCAUUGUCCGCAAAAAAUUAAAAUUGAUCCUGCUGAAGAAAAAAGAAUUGGUGAUCGUCAACCAACCAAAUAAUAAUUUAGAAAUAAUAGCAGAUGAAGCUGAACUUAAAAGUUAUAUCAAUAAAGUGAUGAAUCAGCAACCUAUAUCAGAAUUUUUAUACAAACUUAAUGAUUAUACUCCAUUAAUUCCUGAUGCAGUUUCUACCUACUUUUUGCAAAAAUCAGGAUUUGAAAUUGAUGAUAUUAGAUUAAUCAGAUUGAUAUCUUUAGCAGCUCAAAAGUUUGUAACAGAUUUGGCUAAUGAUGCACUACAACAUAAUAAAAUGCGUUUGUCUAAUUUAACAUUGACUGGAAAUAAUAAACAUUCAUCUCUGUCUCCAUUAGGUAAAUACACACUAACAACUGAUGAUCUGGCAUCUGCUGCAUCUGAAUAUGGAAUUCACAUUAAAAAACCUCCUUAUUUUUAUUAA